UCUGAACUACUUCACUUGAAGCACAGGAGUCAUAGGAAGCCAUUGUGAUUAGUUGCGGAGGAGGCACUGCCUUGUUAUGUUAGGACCAUGUGAGGAGGCUAUAAAUGGAGGAGUGAGACGUGCAGAAGCUGCUGUGACGAUGAGGAGGAUGAAACUGAACAGACAAGUGUGCGUCCUUCUGCCCAACAAGCAGCAUCUGGACUCCACUGUCAGGGUGAAAGCCAGAGGCUGUGAGGUGCUGAACAGUGUGUUAAAGCAACUUGGCAUCAGUGAACUACAGGUCUUUGGUCUGGCUGUCGUCAAAGACAAUGAAUACCUCUUUCUUGAUUUGGACCAAAAAUUGAGCAAGUACUUUGGCAGUAAAUGGAGCAGAGGGUCCACAGCAGUCCCAUUCAUUAUAUUUCUGAGAGUUCAGUAUUAUGUAGAGAGAGGCCAGCUAAUAUUGAGCAGCAAAGUGCAGCAGCUCUACUUCACUGAGCUGCGGCACAAGGUGCUGCGUUCACAGAGCCACCAUCAGGAGGCUUUGCUCUUCCAACUGGCAGCUUCUGCACUUCAGGCUGAAGUCGGGGAUCUGGAGCCGGGAGACGGGACGGAGGAGGAGGGAGAACACACACGUUACUUCCUUCCAGAAGACUAUUUCCCAUCUUGGCUGAUAAAGCGGCGUGGACGAGAAUAUCUGCUCCAGCACUGCCCAGUGUUGCACAGCGAGUUGAGAGGUCUGUCACAUAACCAAGCCAUCCUGCAGUUCAUGAGAGACGUCAGCAGCCUGCAGGACGUACCAGUUACCUUCUACAGGAUGAGACGAGACAAACAAGAGCAGAGAAGUCCCAUCCUUCUCGGUGUGACACUGAAAGGAAUCUACAUUUAUCAGGAGGUGGAAGGGAAACUGUGUCUGUUGUUUGAGUUUUCCUGGACUGAUAUUGACUGCUUCACACACCAGGGAAGUAGGUUUGAAAUCACCGCAGUGGGCUCUCUGUGCGUCCCUAAGCUGGUGUAUUACACACAGUCCGCUUUCCACUCCAGACACGUCCUCAAGCACCUCAGCGACAGUCACCGGUUCCACAUCAACACCAGGGAGGCUGUGAGCUACAUCCAACAGCUGGAAGACGCGCAGGCUAACCAGCUCCACAAAGAGGCCUACGUCUGUGACACAGCACGCUUAAGACAGAGGCUUCAAGGCGGCAGCCUCGCAUCCUCCAUGUCUGACUGCAGCGCCGCAGUGGAAACGAGCUUCGCUUGGUCCAAAGAGGAAGAGGAGGGUACGACAGAGGCUGAGUCGAGCAUGGAUGAACCAGAGGAGGAAUUUGUUGACAACCCAGCUGACGUUCCCUGGCUGGCCGAGCUGCUCCGCGGUGCAUUCCUUAAUGGAGCCUCUGCGUUUCCCUCCUCUUACUGGGCAGCUGUCACCAUGGAAAUGAAACAGGUUCUGAGGCGGAGAGCCGAUGAAGGCGUUUCUGUGGACUAGUGUACCAGGACCGAUGUGGAUUCAGAACAU